AUGUCGGCGACAUUGGCAACUGGUGCGCAAAGCGCGGCAUCGGUAGAUGGACUGCGUCAGCGUUCCGGCUCAGCCAAGACCAACGCUACCAAGACCGAAGAAUGGGGCGUUCCACCCACACGUCCCUCGCAGCCUUUUUAUGAACCUUUGUUGGAUGUUUGGUGGCGUAUCUGGACGAAGACCUCAGGCAGCUUUGCCUUCUCGGUGAUGGAGCCACCGGAAGUCUUUUUCAUGCUGGUUAUCUAUAUUUCCUUGCUCUUUGGCGUGAUCAUGGCCAUGAUGCAAUUGCCUGCGUACGGCCAGAUGGCGCUUCGUCGGCUCCAUUACUAUAUCACAGGCGAGUAA